UUACGUCUGACGUUGGAUUACGUAAACCCGGCGUGUGCGCGAAUUGGUCGAGCGGGUAGUCUUGGUAAAGAGAGUGUGAUCUGGAGAAAUGGAGGAACAGAGCCGGAGCCAGCAGACCCCACAAGCCGGGAAGGGGAAAGAUGGGAGCGGAGAACCCCGCGAUUCCACAAAGGAUAAAGACAAGGAUAAGAAGGAAGAGCAGGAGCUGUCUGAAGAAGACAAGCAAUUACAAGAUGAGCUUGAAAUGUUGGUGGAACGAUUGGGGGAAAAGGACAGUUCUUUGUACAGACCUGCCCUGGAAGAACUGCGCAGGCAAAUCCGGUCCUCCACCACCUCCAUGACAUCUGUUCCAAAACCCCUUAAGUUCCUCAGGCCACAUUAUGGAAAGCUAAAAGAAAUCUAUGAGAAUAUGGAAGCCGGAGAGAAUAAACGUUUUGCUGCAGAUAUCAUUUCCGUCCUAGCCAUGACUAUGAGCGGCGAGAGGGAGUGUUUGAAGUACAGACUUCUGGGCUCACAAGAGGAACUGGCAUCAUGGGGUCAUGAAUAUGUCAGACACCUGGCUGGGGAGGUUGCCAAGGAGUGGCAGGAGGUAGAGGAAACUGACAAGUCUCAGCGGGAAUCCCUGCUCACCUUGGUGAAAGAAAUUGUCCCCUAUAACAUGGCACACAAUGCAGAGCAUGAAGCCUGUGAUCUUCUGAUGGAGAUUGAGCGCAUGGACAUGCUGGAGAAGGACAUUGAUGAGAAUGCAUAUGCUAAAGUGUGUCUCUACCUGACCAGUUGUGUGAGUUAUGUCCCUGAGCCUGAAAGCUCUGCCCUCUUGAGAUGCGCGCUAUCGAUCUUUCGCAAGUUCAACCGUUACCCAGAAGCGCUGCGUCUUGCGCUGAUUCUCAAUGACAUGGAGCUUGUGGAGGACAUCUUCACCUCCUGCAAAGAUGUGGUUAUACAGAAACAGAUGGCGUUCAUGUUGGGCCGUCAUGGUGUCUACUUGGCCCUGAACGAAGAUGUGGAAGAAUAUGAGGAUUUAACAGAAAUAAUGUCUAAUGUUCAGCUUAACAGCAAUUUCCUGGCACUCGCGCGAGAACUGGAUAUCAUGGAGCCGAAGGUCCCGGAUGAUAUCUAUAAGACACACCUGGAGAAUAACAGAUUUGGAGGCAGUGGGUCACAAGUAGAUUCGGCACGCAUGAAUUUGGCCUCCUCGUUUGUGAAUGGGUUUGUCAAUGCUGCCUUCGGACAAGACAAGCUUCUAACAGAUGAUGGCAAUAAAUGGCUUUACAAGAACAAGGAUCAUGGUAUGCUCAGUGCUGCUGCUUCUUUGGGAAUGAUUCUCCUGUGGGAUGUGGAUGGUGGGCUCACCCAGAUAGACAAAUAUUUGUACUCCUCUGAGGAUUACAUUAAGUCUGGAGCUCUCUUGGCCUGUGGAAUUGUGAACUCUGGAGUGAGGAAUGAGUGUGAUCCUGCUCUGGCACUUCUGUCUGAUUAUGUUCUGCACAACAGCAAUACAAUGCGUAUUGGAUCUAUUUUUGGGUUAGGUCUUGCAUAUGCUGGCUCAAACCGUGAGGAUGUCCUGACCUUGCUACUUCCAGUAAUGGGUGAUUCAAAAUCCACUAUGGAAGUCGUUGGGGUAACUGCUUUGGCCUGUGGGAUGAUAGCUGUCGGAUCUUGUAAUGGGGAUGUAACCUCUACAAUUUUGCAAACUAUUAUGGAGAAAUCUGAGCAGGAGCUGAAGGACACAUUCGCUCGCUGGCUUCCCCUUGGUUUGGGGUUGAAUCACUUGGGGAAAGGUGAAGCUAUAGAGGCAAUCUUGGCUGCGUUAGAGGUGGUUCCUGAGCCAUUCCGAAGCUUUGCAAACACACUGGUUGAUAUUUGUGCCUAUGCGGGAUCUGGAAAUGUCCUGAAAGUUCAGCAGCUUCUUCAUAUAUGUAGUGAACACUAUGACUCAAAGGAGAAAGAAGAGGAGAAAAAAGACAAGAAGGAAAAGAAAGAAAGCACAGCUGAUAUGGGGUCUCAUCAGGGGGUAGCAGUACUUGGAAUAGCUCUUAUUGCGAUGGGUGAAGAAAUUGGUUCAGAAAUGGCACUGCGCACUUUUGGACACCUGUUGAGAUAUGGGGAACCCACACUCCGCAGAGCAGUCCCCCUGGCUCUGGCUCUUAUCUCUGUCUCAAAUCCAAGACUUAAUAUUCUGGACACACUGAGCAAAUUUUCCCAUGACGCAGACCCUGAAGUCUCCUACAACUCAAUUUUCGCCAUGGGAAUGGUGGGCAGUGGCACAAAUAAUGCACGCCUGGCUGCCAUGCUGAGACAGUUGGCACAAUAUCACGCCAAGGACCCAAACAACCUGUUUAUGGUGCGACUGGCACAGGGUCUAACUCAUUUGGGCAAGGGCACCCUCACACUUUGCCCAUAUCAUAGUGAUCGGCAGCUGAUGAGUCAGGUGGCGGUGGCUGGAUUGUUGACUGUACUUGUAUCUUUCUUGGACGUCAGAAACAUUGUCCUUGGAAAGUCACAUUACGUAUUAUACGGUUUAGUAGCUGCAAUGCAGCCCCGUAUGUUGGUCACAUUCGACGAGGAGCUUCGACCUCUACCAGUAUCUGUGCGAGUUGGGCAGGCUGUGGACGUCGUUGGUCAGGCUGGAAAGCCUAAGACAAUUACUGGUUUUCAGACACACACCACUCCGGUUUUACUUGCUCAUGGGGAGCGAGCGGAGUUGGCUACAGAAGAGUAUCUGCCAGUGACUCCCAUCCUGGAGGGCUUUGUAAUUCUGCGCAAGAACCCGAAUUAUGAUGUGUAAUGGCUAAGAAUAAAAAAAGUCGCUAAAAAGGAUGGGGUACGGGCCUAUAUAAGGCUCUAAGGGGAAUUGAUGCUAGUUGUGUUUUUUUUGUUACUGUAUACAGAUAAUUAAAUAAUUUCUCAACCAUC